AUGCAACUCGAACAACAAUUUGAUCAAAGAGAAUGGUUGGCAUUAGAUAAAAAAUUGACUACAAGUGAGUUGCAAGAAUAUCUGCUUUAUUUCGAACAAAGAGAGAAAGACGUUAGAGCAUAUGAAGAUUAUAUUAGUUACUCCCCUAGAUAUUACGACGAUUUACAUGAAUAUAGACAUGUUACUCUUCCAAAACAACUUGUUCAAUAUGUUCCUCUCGAUCGACUCAUGUCGGAAGAGGAAUGGCGAAGUCUUGGUGUGAAACAAUCUCCUGGGUGGGAACACUACAUGAUUCAUGCACCCGAGCCCCACAUCUUACUUUUUAAACGGGAAAGAGAUUAUCAACUUAAGUAUGGUAUACCACAACCAGAGGAGGAAUUAGUUGAGCAGGAUGAAAAUGUGCAGUAUGAUCAGAAUGCCCAGUAUCAACAGAAU